AUGAAUAGCGUAUUUACACAAAGGUGGCUAGUAAACGACAGUUUUCGCACAGAUGUGUGCCUGCAUUAUCCUCCUUAUAUAAUUGCAUUAGGUUGUCUACAGCUGGCUGUUGUGAUUAUUUCCAACAAUCCUGACUUAUUGAUCGGUUCCGUCAAUAGCAGUUCAUCAUCAUCUUUUAUGAAUUCCAGUUUAUCUAUUUCAUCAAAUAAACAUGGGUAUUUCGCCCAUCAAACUCAAUCAACUGUUAAUCCUUCAUUAGUUGCUGAUCGUUGGUUCAGUGAAUUGAAUGUGGACAUGGAAAGAGUCUUGGAAAUUUCUCGUCAUCUGCUGAGUUUGUAUGAUUUAUGGCGUCGUUUUGAUGAACUUGCUGAAAUGCCUAAUAUUCUAUUGAAAAAACUUCCACGUCCUGUUAUUCAACCGCCACAUACUUCGCAAAACUAUCCAUCUGGUGGUUCUGUCAAUCCAAUGGGUUGUAAUAGUGCUGCUGCAAGUCAGUCAUCAUCUAAUCUGUCUAGUGGAACACAACAACAAACUCAUGGGGGACCGAUGGUUGUAUCGUCAGGUACAGGUGCUGUUGGUACAGGAAAUAGUAGUGGUGCUGCGGGAACCGUUGGUAGUAUACAUGCUAUGUCGGAUCAUCAAACUCAACAACAGCAAAGAACAAUAGCAUCUAACCAACCACGUAUGCAUCCACAAGGUGGUGGGAUGCAGCAUAUGGGAGUUAGGUAG